GGCAUCUCGGCCACCACGCUCACCGAUCAACUCAAGCUGGCUGACUUCCGCCAGCUGGGCACCAUGCUGUCUCCGCUGCACUUCCUGGGCAGGCUGGGGAAACGGCCGUUGGCCAUCAAGACAGAGGUGAGGAGGAAGAGAAAAGAGGAAAUAGAGUGUGUGAAACGUGAAUGUCAUGGGAGUAUUAGCCAAUCAAGUCAGGCUUUAUCGUUUUAUCAUUAAGAGUCAUUUUUGUCUGUCACCCAAGUAUGGUCACAAAAACAGAAGACAUGGUAGCAGCCAAAGUGUCAAACUCAUGGCUUCAAAUCAGUAAGCCAAGGGGUAACCUCAGGGUGGCUGUGUCCACUUUUUUGUACAACCUGUGAUUGAAAUGGAAAAAUAAGAACAGUAAAAUGUAAAAACCUCUUCUGUUUUAAUAUUAAUGAUACUUUGUAUUUGCAGAUGGAUGAAGAUGAAGAAAGGAGGAAACGAAGACGAGAGAAAAACAAAGUUGCUGCAGCACGAUGCCGAAACAAAAAGAAGGAACGGACUGACUUCCUUCAAAGGGAAUCGGAACGUCUGGAAAUGGUGAACUCGGAGCUGAAAGCCCAGAUCGAGGAGCUCCGUCUGGAGAGGCAGCAGCUAAUGGUGAUGCUCAAUCUCCACCGGCCGACAUGCAUCGUGAGGACCGACAGCGUCAAAACACCUGAGAGCGAGGCCAACCCACUGCUGGAGCAGCUGUCCUCUGAAACCAAGUGAAAAAAGAGAAACCAGGGAAGUUCCUGAAGCCCAAACUAGCACCACCGUGGCUGCCGUUUAUAUGUUAACAUAACUGGCAAUACAUUUCUAAAGAAGCACUUGAGCUCCAAGCUGGAGACUUUUGGAGACUUGGUCCAAAGAUCUGAGGUUGUGGGGCUUCCUCAGUACUGCUACACGAGCUGGCUCUGUCCAUUGGAAGACUGGAAAUACCCAGGUUCAUCUCCACAUUAAGUGUUGUUGUUGAUACCCGCUGUGCCUCGUUGUUACUUCAACCAUCUCUACAAAAAAGGGACCAAUGGAAACAGUAGAGUAUGACUGGAAACAGCGCUGAGGAAACACACUAAUAUCACUAUGGUGCUCUGUUACAAAAGCCCUGCGUAGAUUGUGUGGCAUUGUUUCAGUGCCGUGUUCUGCAGUUUUCCUAAUGUAUGCUAGCUGAAAUAUACAGGUGUAGAGUUAUUAGGAUAAAAUACUCAUUACAGAUACACCAAAUGGAGUAGAGGUUUUUUGUUUUUUUUCAAUGUUUAUUUCUAUACCCUGCCUCGACGAUGGCAGUUACCGGUUGAUCCGAUUUGUGGUGACGCUGGCGUCAUGAAAAGCACAUAUACACAAAAUGUUUACACCCUUAUUUUUUGGACUUGUUGUCUGUCCAUUAUUGUACUUGUUUUAUACUGCUUUCUAUACAUAAACAUAUAUGAAAUGCUUGUGAAUCACUUGAUGUGAUUUGUCUUUCAGUCUUUGCAGUCUGUCAUGUUGCGCUGUCAAACAGCUGUGAAAAGGAGUAGAGGCUCCUCAGCUGAGCAGUAUUUCAGUGUCUGUUCUGCAUCUCUCUUUAUGUAUAAACUGAUAUCCUGAAUAGAUUAAAUUUUAUUUUCUAACUACAAGAAAGACCUUUUAUGUUUUCCUUCCAUUACGUUACACCUGUAAAAAUGCAAUAUUGCAAUAUACUGAAGUUGAAUUUGUACCAGCCGGUCAUGACACUAGAAUUACAGAAUACCAAAUGUUGUGCAAUCACGUUUUCUUCAGCGCUAUUCUUCAGUAUAUUGCCAAAGUCAGGGCUUUACUUUUGUUUGCACAACUCUGAAAAGGUCACUCAUGCUUUUAUUUCUUCGAGCCUUGAUUAACAUAGAUCCCUUUGUUCACUGCUCACCGCGAGAAAUGACAGACGGCACAGAACUAACUCGACAGCAGACGCCCCAGUACCUGCUGACGAUCACUGGCUGCCUCUUCAUUGUAGAAUUUAUCCUAGUACUUUAUUACUGUUUACAAGUCUGGUGUUUAUUGGAACAUGUAUUUUAUUAGUAUAUUUAUUAGAACGGACUCUUUUUUUUUUUUGUGAAUAUGAUACCUCACAAACACUUGGAAGACAUUUCUUUAAAUUUAGCACAAAUAUGCAAUUGAGCUCAAGGAUGAGCUAAUUAGAUUUUCAUGGUCAGAGAGGAAAGGACACUGUGACAUAUUGCCUUGAGAAAAUGUUGACUUCAACUAAAGAACAAACUGACUAGUAAAGAAGUGAAAUCAUGAAUGGGCUUCUCUAGCUUCUCUAGCUCUUGCUGGGACACAUAAUCUCUCACUUAGAUUUCUGAGAUGCCAAAAAGCAGAUUUAGUUACAGCUUUAAUGUGGUCAAUGAAACUAAUCCUUAUCCACGGUUACACAGAUUUAUCGCAUGAGUUCUUUAGCGCACAAGAGUCCACAGUCAAAUAUCAGUCACUCUAACCUCAUGACGAUAACAUUUUACACAGGAUAAAAAGAUAAGGCGAUGCCAUUUGUCAUGUAAAAUGUCAAGUCUGGAUAGACAUGGAUAUGAACUGCAAUUUGACUUAUUGAUAGAGGCUCAACUAAGUUCAAACUUUGCCCUGUGACUUUGAGUUAAAGUUGCACUGAAGUAUUGACAUUUACCAUUUGAUCAUGAACAGCAGGACAAAAAUCGUUAUACAUUUUGAGGAUUUUCCUGAUAAUCCCUUUCUCUUCCAAUUAUAAUGUACAAUACUGGGCAAAGGUCUCGAGUGACCCCUCAUUUCUUUAUAUUUUCCUAAGAAAACAAUGGUUGCAGCGAUGCAUUAAACAUAUUCAAAUAUACAUGGAUCAUUGGUCAUGCUGAAAAAUUAAGCCAUUGCCAGUCACGUACUUUAUAUAGGUUGCAUUGCAUGGUGGAUCAAAAACAUUAAAAUGGAAUAUUUGCUAAGUUGUCUGUUAUAUGUAAACACAACACUGGUUCAUCUCUCGAAGUAGUUGGUUAGGUAGGGUUUUUGUUGUUGUUUUGUUUGUUUGUUUGUUUAUUAAGUACCUUAACAAACCUAAAAGAAUUCUUCUGUUCUUCUGAAAAUGUCCGGUGGAAGGACUGGACUAAGAAUGAGUUUAAAAGCAGCCAAACAAUGAAAGAUCUCCAGAAAGCCUGAAGAAAUAUUGCUCAAGAUCAGAUUAAAAAUGACGAGUCUGGCUCCUUGGAAGUAUGAGAUGAGGAGUGGCUCGAGACUUUUCCAAAAUACUAUAGAUGAAAAUCAAAUAGAAGUCCCUUUAAAACCUGCUGGUAUGAGCUACAAAAUAAGUAAAACCUCAAGUGUUUAUAAUUUGAAAAAUAAAUUGAUAACAAGUUUUUCUUUGCUACAGAGGCUGUACCAAAUGACAGGAGUAUGUUUGUAACAUUUACAAUACAUCUGUAUUGUUCUGAGCUAAACUUCUCAAAUGUGAAACAAAGUACCCACAUGCGUGUCUACUAUAAACAAAAUCAAAUCAAAGCUCUGUGAGAACAUUAGAGUCAAAUACGUGGUGAUCCUUUCCUACAGCCUUUGCACUUAAGUGUUAACAAUUAGUAAUAAGAAGCAAAAACACGUCGACGUCGCAAUGUGCCGCAUGUUUUAAAAAAGGGUGUGGGAGAUUAUUGCAAUAAAAGAACAACUCAUAUUUGUGGUUAUAUUUUACCCCAUUUGGUAGAAUUGGUAGUCUGACUGUAUAAAGGAGUGCUUUAUACAGUCAUUGGUCUCUCCCACGUUACAACCACAUCCGGUCUCAUCUCGAUAGGGAUUGCGGUGAACAGCGCCAUCUAGUGCUUAUCUAUAUAAACGAAUCAAAGUCUUCACUAUUACCAUACUUUAAACCAUUAUUAAUUGAUAUAGGGUACUUUUCUUUCUUUCUUUCUUUCUUUUUAAGAUGGAAAUGGCCGUUUCCAGUGUGCUUCAUUUGUUUUUAUCGAUAAUUUUCCGGCCGCCCUCGGAUCUUUCAUAACUUUCCUUCUCCUGAUCAGCCGUUGGAUCAUCUUCUUAACACUAGAAAACGACAAAUUUUUUCCCAGGUAGGCGGAUAAUUCCUCUGCUAUGAACAAUAAUAAAGGUCUGACAAAUAGGAUUUUAUAUAAAAAAGUAAAUAUUUGUUUUAAUUCCGAAUAAAACAGUGUUUCCCCUCUUCUGCUGAUCUAACUGUUAACUGCUUGAUAAAAUGCAGUAGUAGCUAGGUAGCUAGUUAGCUGGCAGCUCUUCUUCUACCUCACUGUUAAAUAAAUGCGCUGUAAAGUAAGUCAUGUUAAGUUCAGUAGAUCUUUAAACUUCAUGUAAAACUAUCCGUGUGUUGUUUCCGCAGGUUUCUCUAUCAGGUUCACAUUGCUCAUGGAAGUAGUGCAUAGCCAGGGGCGUUUCCAGGAUUUUUAAAUGUUGGGGAAGACAGGAAGUCUGAAUAUUUAAGCUGAUGGAAAUACCAGGAGUGGGUUUUUCAUGCAAAGAUAUUUCAAGAUUAAGUUCAGUUUUCACUGAUGAUUGUUGUCUAAAGAUUGCCCACAGCCCAGUGUGCUCUCUGCUACUGUGGAUAGUGGUGGUAGACUCGGUAGCUUUAAUUGUGCCCCAUUUUUAUAUAUUUUUGAAGGGUUGCCACACAUAACCUUUCUGACAGUUGUCAAUAUCUGUACAUGUUUAGACUUUCAUCUCACUUUGUGGGUCGAGUCUGGGUACUUUGCAUAGUUGAUCACAUUUUCUUCUUUUAUUGUAGGGCAGUUAAAUAGAACUCAUCUGAAUAUUGUAAAUCAUGCACAUCCCUAAUAAAUUCAGUGUAAAGACUUUCAUGUGCAGCUCUUUGCACUCAUAUAGAUGCUAAAGCCUAAAAAGUGGCAGUGCACAGGAGUUUACAAAAAUUACACAAUGUUGCUUAAACAGUCUAAUAGCCUGCAGCAGUGAAUCCUACCUGUCUGCUCCUCUUAUGUUGUCUUCCAAACAUACACUUGAGGUUGUCAGGAUCUUGUGCCGUGAUGAAUAACAUCCAUGAAGACAGUGUGGAUUUUCAGUCCAAUUCACAAGAGGAAAAGCAGCAGCUCUCUGUUCAGUCAGUCCUGUCCAGAGGAUCCCAGGAGGAAAUCAAGUUCAUUAAGGGCCAAGCAGGGCACAGUGAUGAUGAAUGCAGUACUGACCUGGAAGACGAUAUUUUCACCUCCAGCAGGAGAUUGAAUUUGUCCCCAUCAGACGUGUAUCUAAAGGCCUGCAAGCAGACAGGAGCCGUUCCUGUUUCCUACAUCCUCUGCCACUUGGAUGAUGCUAUUCUAGACCUGAAUUACUAUGGGCUGGGACCUCUGGGGGCCAAAGCUCUGGCUAUCCUUCUGAAAAGUCACGGUGUAGUCACCCACCUCGAGUUGAAAGGGAACUCACUUCAGGCUGAAGGGACACAGUAUCUGAUGGCGAUGCUUUUUGAAAACAUCAGCAUUCAGAGUCUAAAUCUUUCUGACAACAAGCUGGGCCUUAAAGGAGCAGAGGUUAUCUCCAAAAUGCUGUCAGACAAUCGUAAGCUCAAAUCCAUCAACCUCUCAGAAAAUGACUUUAGUGACGCUGCAGCUAAAUGCUUGGCAGAAGCAUUAAAGAAUGAUUUUGUGGUCAAAGAGCUUGACCUCAGUUACAACUGCAUCUGCGAUGCAGGAGGAGAAGACUUGGGUGUCAUGUUAGCAGAGAACAUCGGUAUUGAAGUCCUAAAUCUGAGCUGGAAUCACUUUCUUAUACGUGGCAAUGCGGCUCUGAUUGCUGGUCUAAAGGUAAACGCAACACUGAAGCAGCUCCAGCUGUCGAACAGUGGAUUUGGCCGUCCAGAGGUACAGCUGAUGGCUGAAGUGCUGCAACAAAAUGACACACUUGUGCUGCUGGACCUCAGCAUUAACUGUGUGGACGAUGAAGCUGUAAGGCUGCUCUGCCAGGGCCUGGCCACCAACGAAACCCUCGAGGUUCUCAAACUCUCUCGCAACCCCAUAACAAAAAUCGGAGCCACCACGCUGCUCAGAACGGUUAAAAACAACAUGAAAUCAGCACUGAAGGAGAUCGAUAUUUCUAGUGUGCUUGUCUGUGAGACCUUUGUGGAGCUGCUGGAAGAAACCCGCGUGACCCGCCCUGCUCUGCGGUUCCAGUAUUAUAUUCUGCCCUCCGUCACCAAGAACUUAUUGGCACUUGGGAUCUUUAAGAAGUUCUUUGAAGAGCAAAAUAAGAGCAUCAUGGAUUUCUUCCAGGCUCUGGACAAAGAGGGAACCAUGAAAGUCUCCACCUCUGCCUUCAGGAAGGCUGUAAAGGAAGCUAACAUACCUCUGGAUCAACAGCAGCUUGGCUGGUUGGUCAGGAAGUUUGACAAGAACUGCACGGCAACCAUAGUGUACAGUGUUGUUCAGACAUUUGUGUAGGUGCUGGCAGAGAAACAAAGACGUACAUUAGGACCCAUUGUGCCCUGUGAUUAUUAAAGUAAACAGAAAUACUGAAGAGGUAUCAUACACAGCUGCAAACACUUGAGCCUGUUUUUGUGAAGUGGGAGAAAGGGCCAAGCAACCCUCAAGACUUUGUCAGAGAUGAUCCCAUUAUUUGGAGCUUCUCAAGAGCUGAGCGGCAGGCUGGCUAAUGAGGCUUUGAAGAUCCAUCGCUGGCACACAACUCACAUGCGGCAGAGAAUUCGGGGAGCGAAACAGAACCUGGCACGAGAUAAAAUGUUUUAGCCAAGAUCGGCCGCAAAGACGUCCAUUACCUCGGCGCUCUGCUUUUAUUUUGCCAGCAUUGCUUUUCCAAGACCUUUUAAAAAGAGACCAAGACUUUCCAGGAGAUGAAUGUGAAUGUCCAGUUCAUCUGCAAAAAGACAAGGGUUUUUUUGAAAGAUCAGGAGUAAAGUUGGGAUAAUUCACUAGACUUCUUCAGAGACUUCUUGAAAAUAGCAUGAGGAGAAUAGAACACCUAUGUAUGAACAUGAAGAAGAAAAG